GGAGAAUGACCCUCUGAAGAGAAGUUUAAAGUCAUCAUCAGAGCCAUUGGAGGGGACAUCUGAGAGUCAAGUGGGUGAUGUUUCACGAGAUUCUGUCAUGCCUCCAGUCCAGAAGAGGAAGCUCGAUCCACUUCCAAAAAAGCAUAGACAUCUUAGGAAGGUCGUAAGGACAAAGAGAAAGAGAAAGAGAAAGAGCAAGAGGAAAGAGAAAGUGGAGACCCACCGCCCUGGUAUUCUUCCAGCAUCUUUAGUUAGACCACAAAAUGAAGAAGAUGAGGUGAUAGAUAACAAGCUGACCCUACUCAGUGCCAAGGAAGAUGGUCCUGACCUUCCCAACAAGGAGAGAUUGCAGAGUCAGCAGGAUGAAGACACCUGUGUGAUGCAUCAGGAAUAUCCGAUCCAGCCCUGUGAGCUCUCAGUGUCCCAGGAGCUCAGGCCCUCUUCUCCUGCAGAGACAUCCUUGGCAUCACCACCACUCUGCUUUGGUCGUUUUAUAAGCUGUGUCUGCCAGACCUUCUCAAGGUCCAGGAAGAGGAAAUCUGGAAGAGAGAGCACCAAGCAGGCUGAGGGAGGAGGUGAUGCAAAGGCUCCAAGACCUGGUCUUCUGAGGGUUCUGGGCGAAAACAGAGUAGAGCCUCACUAA